GCCCUGCCAGCCCAGCCCAGGCUGGCCCAGCUUAGCCCCACAUGCGCCAUGAAGUACCCUUUGAUGCCGCUGGUGAAUGACCUCACAUUUUCUUUCCUGGUUUUCUGGUUCUGCCUCCCUCUGGGUUUGCUGUUGUUCUUAUUGAUCAUCUGGCUACGCUUCUUACUUAGCCAAGAUUCAGAGGAAAAUGACUCCGAUGUAUGCUUGGAUUGGGAGCCCUGGAGCAAAGGCCCAGCCGAGUUUUACUGGAAGGGGACACUCCACGGCCAAGAGAAGGCGAGGCCCUGCUGUGUGGUUUUCCUGGAGUCAGCAGGGCAGUGGCAAUGGCAGAAGUGGAUGGGAGAGACUUGCCAGGGAGGCAAGAGGACUUUGGCAACUGCGGUGCCUCCCUGGAACUCCCAACUCAUCUCCUCUUCAGACCGACAUGUGAAAGCCUCCAGAGGACCCAGCCCUUCUCCAGCAUCACAGAUGACCUCCAGCCCUGCAGGGAGCCGCUCAAGUCUGAGAGGGCAUGGGAGCAGUGAGCAGGCCCAUGGGGAGAAAUUGGCCAAUUUAAUUCAGAGGGAUCUUAAAGCAGGGCUGGGCCGGAGGGUGUGGGUCCAUAUUAAAGAAGCGAGGGUCUUCCCAUGCCCGGGGGACCCCUGACAAACCUA